GGUUUCCACAAUAGACACAUUCAGUGGCGAUGGAAGCCUGGGUGCGCGACAAGGUGUCGCGUCUGAACUUGGACGCCUCGGUCUACGUCGAGUACGCGCUCGGCCUGCUGCAAGAUGAAGACAUGGACGUUUCGGAGCGCGUGGCCAGCGUGAUCGCCGUUUUCUCCGGAGCAGCGGACGGUCUUGUGGCCCAAGACGUUCUGGACCAGACUCUGGACGAGACUAAAAUGACGCAGGACGUCGAGAAACUGCUCCAGGCUGAACAACAGCAGUCCCAACAAGAAGCGGAGCUCAGACUGGCUGAGAAGCAGAUGAAAGACUUGCAGAUCCGAGAGAAACAGCGUCAGGAGGCCGAGGAAGCGGCCGAGCGCGAGAGACAAAAGGCCGCCAAUCGCCUAAAGAACAUGACACGCGAGGAGAUUGCAGCCCGUGAGCAACUUAUCAGCAAUUAUGGCUUCACAGUCAUGUCAGAGUUUGACGAGGAAGGCAACGUGGUAAAGAUUAAGGACAAGGAGAAGGUUACGGAGGACGUGGGACCUGCUAAUUCCAACAAACAGAGAGUGCAGCAGGCGCAGAACGCCAUGCGGGAGAAGAUGAAGAAGGACCACGAGAAGAAAGUCAAAUACGAGAAGGAACUAGAACCAUGA